UGAAACUUCGUAUCAAUAUUGUAAUAACCCAAACAAAAAAAUUACAUACUACAUAAAUAGGCACAUUUCACAAACUUCUAGCACCAUCUCAAUCUAUCAUUUCUCAAAAAUGACUUCUUCCUCCACCCUUUACAUAAUCUCCAUUCUUUUUCUUCAACUUGUGUUGGUCUUUGGAAACGUUACUCGAAGUUCUACACUCACUACUACCAACAACAACAACAAUCCAUGGCUAUCACAAUCUGGUGAAUUUGCUUUUGGAUUCCAACAACUUAAAACCACAACAAACAACUUCAUGCUUGCAAUAUGGUACAACAAAAUACCUGAAAAAACCAUUGUUUGGAGUGCAAAAGACAUAAACAACAACAACCUCGUACAAGCACCGACAGGAUCACAGAUUCAGUUAACAUCGGGUGGACUCACGUUGACAACAUCACAAGGUGAAUCUAUUUGGACAGCACAACCAAAUGAAGCUGUUUCCUAUGGAAACAUGCUUGACAAUGGAAACUUUGUUCUUGUAAACAAGAAUUCUAAUAUUGUUUGGGAAAGUUUCAAGUUUCCUACUGAUACCCUUUUGCCUAAUCAAUCUCUUGAGUUAAAUGGAACCUUAACUUCAAGAUUAUCAGAGACUAAUUACACAAGUGGAAGGUUUCAACUCUAUUUUAAUGAUGAUGAUAAUAAUCAUGUUUUGUUAAGUCCACUUGCAUGGCCUACUCAAUUACGUUACAAAUUUUACUAUAGAAUUGAUGUUCCUAUUAGUUCGGCUUCUUCGAGUUUAGUUUUCGAUGAAUCAGGAGAAAUUUAUGUGGAAACAAAUAAUAAUGGAACUAGAGUGAAACCUGAAGGUACACAAUGGAAGAAUUUAGUUCUUGAUCCUAAGUUGUAUUAUUAUAGAGUAACACUAGAUUAUCAUGGAGUUUUCACCCAAUAUUCUCAUCCAAGAGAUACUAAAGCACAACAAGAAUGGACUAUUGUAAGGUAUGUUCCUGAUAAUAUUUGCAUUGCUAUAUUCAAUGAAAAAGGUAGUGGAACUUGUGGAUAUAAUAGCUAUUGCUCCAUGGAAAAUCAAAGGCCUACAUGUAAAUGUCCUUAUGGUUAUUCAUUGAUUGAUUCAAGUAAUAAAUAUGGGGGGUGUCAACUCAAUUUCACAUUUGCUUGUGGAGCUGAUAAUGGCGAUGGAUUGAAUGUGAAGCAAGAAGAUUUAUAUGAGUUCACUGUUCUUAAAGAUGUGGAUUGGCCUUUAUCAGAUUAUGAAAAGAUGCAGCCUUAUGGUCAACAAGAUUGUCAACAAUCUUGUUUGCAUGAUUGCUUAUGUGCUGUUGCUAUUUUCAAUAACAGAACUUGUUGGAAGAAAAGAUUGCCUCUUUCUAAUGGAAGAGCACAAAGUGGCGGUCAAUUAGUACUUGUGAAAACAAGAGUUUCUCCUCUUGGUAGUCUUGGUCGUAGUCCUUCGAGUUCAUCUGAUUCGAAUAAAGACGAUGGAGUUAAGCCGAUUCUUCGAGGUUUGCUUAUUGGUUCAACUGUCUUCAAUAGCAUACUCUUGGCUUUGGUUGUUUUCGUGACUUUGUGGAAGCCGAAAAGGGUUGUCCAAGCUGCAACUCUAGUGGAAACAAAUUUAUGUUCGUUUAGUUAUGAGGCGUUAAAAGAAGCUACACGGGGUUUUAGUGAAGAACUAGGUAGAGGUUCCUUUGGAAUUGUUUAUAAAGGUGAAUUAAAAGCAGCAGCAUCUUCUAAUGCUGUUGCUGUUAAGAGAUUGGAUCGGUUGGCGCAAGAUCGUGAGAAGGAAUUUAAGACCGAGUUGAGAGCCAUUGGUAAAACCUGCCACAAAAACUUGGUAAGGUUGAUUGGAUAUUGUGAUGAAGGAAUGCAUAGAAUGUUGGUGUAUGAGUUCAUGAGCAAUGGUAGUCUUGCAGAUAUCUUGUUUGGACAAACCAAACCGAUUUGGAAUCAAAGGAUUGGAUUUGCUAUGGGGAUUGCAAGAGGGUUGGUGUAUUUACAUGAAGAGUGUGAUGCUCCCAUCAUUCAUUGUGACAUAAAGCCUCAAAAUAUACUCAUAGAUGAGUACUUCACGGCGAAGAUAUCUGACUUUGGAUUGGCCAAGUUGUUGUUGGCUGAUCAAAGUAGAACAAAUACCAUGAUCCGAGGAACGCGAGGAUAUGUAGCUCCUGAAUGGUUCAAGAAUGUUCCUGUGACGGCUAAAGUGGAUGUUUACAGCUUUGGUUCCAUGUUGUUGGAAAUCAUUUGCUGCAGAAAAAGUGUGGUGCUGAUGGAGUCAGGGGAGGAAGAGAAGGCAAUUUUGACAAAUUGGGUUUGUGAUUGCUACAUGGAAGGGAGCAUAGAUGUUCUCGCGGAGAAUGAUCAAGAGGCCUUAGAAGACAUUGACAGGUUAGAAAAGUGGAUAAAGAUAGCAAUUUGGUGCAUUCAAGAGCAUCCUGAAAUGAGGCCAACAAUGAGGAUGGUCAUGCAAAUGCUAGAAGGUGUGGUUCAAGUCCCUAACCCACCAUCGCCUUUUUCCUUCAGUUCGAUUGCUUGACUUCCAUGCCUUCGAGCCAGAAAAUCAAAGAGGAGAAAAGGUUGACCUCACAUUUGCUGUAAAUAAAUACCAAUAUAAAUUCCUAUAUACAAUGUUUGCGAUUAUUUUAUGUUACGAUACACAAAUUGUUCAACUCAAACAGGCAUUCAGAUUUGUAUAAUUUUAUACCAUUAUUCACAACUAAUUAGGUUUGAUCUUCGGUCUAGUUAUUAAAACAUUGUUAGCAACUAAUUACUUUUUGUAUCUUCGGUCUAAUCUAAUUAGGUUUGAUCUUCGGUCUAGUUAUUAAAACAUUUGUAUCCCAACAUUGUCAUUCAAAAAGAUUUAUUCU